AACCAUAGGCUCCUCGGCGGAUCCCCGCCUCGCGCGGGGCGUAACCGCCACUCCUACCUCUUGCUCUCCAGCUUCGCGAACAAUGACCGCCGCCGCCCCGCCCACCUUUGGCGUCACGAUCAAAACAGUCCUCUAACUACAACUCCCAGAAGGCCGAGCGGCUGCGCGAGCCCAGCAGCCGGAGGCCGUUCUGGCAAAACUACACAUCCCGAGGGGCAUCGCGCGCCCGCAGCUUCUCCAGUGCGCAAGUGCAGAACCGCCUUUGUUUCCGGCGUGGAUCUGGGCGAGUGUGGCGUGCAGUUGGGUUUAGCUGGUGCCGGGGCUCCUCGGUUUACCGUUUUGGCUUUGUGGCUGCGCAGGCACAGCAGCUACACAGAAAAGAUGGGAGAGGAGGCCAAUGAUGACAAGAAGCCAACAACUAAAUUUGAACUAGAGCGAGAAACAGAACUUCGCUUUGAGGUGGAGGCAUCUCAGUCAGUUCAGUUGGAGCUGCUGGCUGGCAUGGCAGAAAUCUUUGGCACAGAGCUGACCCGAAACAAGAAAUUCACCUUUGAUGCUGGUGCCAAGGUGGCUGUUUUCACUUGGCAUGGCUGUUCUUUACAGCUGAGUGGCCGCACCGAGGUGGCUUAUGUCUCCAAGGACACACCUAUGUUGCUUUAUCUCAACACUCACACAGCCUUGGAACAGAUGAGGAGGCAGGCGGAGAAGGAAGAAGAGCGAGGCCCCCGGGUGAUGGUAGUGGGCCCCACUGAUGUGGGCAAGUCCACAGUGUGCCGUCUACUGCUCAACUACGCAGUGCGUUUGGGCCGCCGUCCCACUUACGUGGAGCUGGAUGUGGGCCAGGGCUCUGUUUCCAUCCCUGGUACGAUGGGGGCCCUCUACAUUGAGCGGCCAGCGGAUGUUGAAGAGGGAUUCUCUAUCCAAGCCCCUCUGGUAUAUCAUUUUGGCUCCACCACUCCUGGCACCAACAUCAAGCUUUAUAAUAAGAUUACAUCUCGUUUAGCGGACGUGUUCAAUCAAAGGUGUGAAGUGAACCGAAGGGCCUCUGUGAGUGGCUGUGUCAUUAAUACCUGUGGCUGGGUCAAGGGCUCUGGGUACCAGGCCCUGGUGCACGCAGCCUCAGCCUUUGAGGUAGAUGUGGUUGUGGUUCUGGAUCAAGAACGACUGUACAAUGAACUAAAACGGGACCUGCCUCACUUUGUCCGCACUGUGCUGCUCCCCAAAUCGGGGGGUGUGGUUGAACGCUCCAAAGACUUCCGGCGGGAAUGUAGGGAUGAGCGUAUCCGUGAGUAUUUCUAUGGAUUCCGGGGCUGUUUCUAUCCCCAUGCCUUCAAUGUCAAAUUUUCAGAUGUGAAAAUCUACAAAGUUGGGGCACCCACCAUUCCAGACUCCUGUUUGCCUUUGGGCAUGUCUCAGGAGGACAAUCAGCUUAAGCUAGUACCUGUCACACCUGGCCGAGAUAUGGUGCAUCACCUCCUGAGUGUUAGCACUGCUGAGGGCACAGAGGAAAACCUUUCUGAGACCAGUGUGGCUGGCUUCAUUGUGGUGACCAGUGUGGACCUGGAACAUCAGGUGUUUACUGUUCUCUCUCCAGCCCCCCGCCCACUGCCUAAGAACUUCCUUCUCAUCAUGGAUAUCCGGUUCAUGGAUCUUAAGUAGGGAUUGGCAAGAAGCCUUGCUGCCUGGGGCAUUAGAGAUCUUGUGGCCAUCACCAAAGGCAGAUAGGCUGAGGUAUGAGACUCUGUUGAGGCCAUGCAGAUGAGUAAAUAGUGAACUAGUAGAUAGCGUAUUUCUACCUCUUAAAACAGGUGGUGGAAACCCAACUCUUCUGAUCUUGAACCAUAAGGACAACCAUGAGAACAUAAUUGGUUUUUUGGGAUCACCAAAGGUACCACUUUGAAUUCUCUGAGGUCCCAGAGAAUCCCAUUUCUUCCACUAUGCUACUUGGUGGACUGAUUUUUAGGAGGAAUUUUUUUUAUUAUCACUGCUUUAUAUUCUGUAUGUAGCACUUACUAUCUCAUUUAUCCAGGAUGAAAGAUUGAAUCAGAAGGCCUGUUUCUAAUAAAAUUCAAACUUGGAAAAUUUUAAUAAAUAUUUUUGCCAUAUCACA